UUUGCACGCUCGGCACCGUCGUGUUCAGUUUGCCUUUUCGCUACCACCAGCCACUAUGUGCACCGACAUCUCGAAGGUCACGCUCAUCGUGCUCAACCUCGCGUUCGUCGUCGCUGGCGCGCUGCUCAUCUGGGUCGGCGCGUCGACGUCGUCGGGAUGGUCCAACAUCUUUGAGUCGGCGUCCAACGGCUCGACGACGACCACGUUCAACCUCAUCCUCGCCUUUGGCGUGCUCGUGCUCCUCAUCGCGUUCAUGGGCCUCAUGGGCGCGCUCAAGCGCCAGAAGUGCCUCCUCUACACGUACAGCUUUUUCGUGUUUGUCGCGCUCGCGAUCUUCAUCCUCAUCAUGAUCACGGGCUUUGCCGGUGCGUCGACCGCCAACAAGUGGAGCGACGCCAAGUUCCCGGCCGAGGACGCUGAAAAGUCGGUGGCUGAGGCUUUUGACACGGCGUACUGCGGCGUCAUGCUCCAGCACUACUGCGCCGCUGGCAGCCUCGGCGACGCGAUUGCCAUCUUUUCGCCCUCGACUUCGUCGGCGCUCACGCCCAUCAUCAAGGCGCUCAACCUCAACGCGAACGACCAAACGGGCCUCUCGGGGCUCUGCAAGAGCCUCAACUCGACGGCGGCGGGCUCGCUCGUCGAACUCAACGUCAAGACGUUCAAGACGAUCUGCGACGAGUGCAAGAAGACCGAGGACGUCGACUUUUCGGACCUCUACAAGUGGGGCCAGGACAACUGCCCGCUCACGACGUCGACCGCCUCGUGGUGCCUCUCUUAUAUUGAAACCAACAAGUACGACACGGCCACCGACGUCGUGUACCCCAAGUGCCGCCCGGCGGUCCUCGACCUCUUCAAGUCGUUUGCCAACAAGAUUGCGAUCGGCGCGCUCAUCUUUGCGAUCGCGGCGCUCGUCGUGCUCGUCAUGGCCUGCGUUGUCGCGCGCUCGGGCGCCAAGGAUGGCUCCAUGGCCUAAGUCGAUGCGGCCCAACUUUUCACAAAUUUCAAAAGUUAAGAUAAUUCUGCCAUGUACAGCGUUGUAUGCUCUUCUCCAUCAA